GUGUAUCACAGGAGACAGCCUCUCCUUCGCUCAGAGGUGGUCAGAGGUCUCUUCAGCACCUCCUCGGCGCUGUUCAUGUGCGUCCUUUAACAUAUCCGCGCUCUCCAGCUGGUGCCAGUCACAGAGCGCGCCACACCACGAGCGCAUAGGCGCUUUUAGCAGAGCAAAGCGGCUUUUAUACAUUAUGUACUUGUCCGACCUUUUUUUUUAAUUUCGUUCUCCUCGUGUUAAAUGCACGCUACAUAAUUGGAUUAUUAAAAUGGAAAUUCACAUUCCAGAGAUGUUUUUUUCACUACGCCGCCGGUGAGACAAACUUGAAGAUGAAUCUGCCAUAAACACUGAAAUACUUCCUUGCAGGAGUGUCGUAUGUCUUAUGUAAAUAGUGAGAUCAAAUCCAGCUGCAGGUGAUGCCAUAAUCCACAGACAGUGAGGUAUCAUGGACUCCUGGAUCUUCCCAUCAUCCCCUCCGAACCUCUCGGAGCACCUCAUGUAUGAUAGCUUUGAGCAGGGCAAUGAGACCAAUCUCCAAGGGAACUACACAGACCACAGCUUCAACAAAACCAGCACGGUGGUCAUCACCUGCCUGUACUUUCUGGUUUGUACCGUGGGGCUCUGUGGGAACGCCCUUGUCAUCUACGUCAUCCUGCGCUAUGCUAAGAUGAAGACAGUUACCAACAUCUACAUCCUCAACCUGGCAGUGGCUGAUGUGCUCUUCAUGCUGGGCCUGCCGUUCAUCGCCAUCCAGCUGGCGCUGGUUCAUUGGCCGUUUGGUCCCGUGCUCUGCAGGGUGGUGAUGACUGUUGACUCCUUGAACCAGUUCACAUCCAUCUUCUGCCUGAUGGUCAUGAGCAUUGACCGCUACCUGGCUGUGGUGCAUCCGAUUAAGUCCACAAAGUGGCGCAAGCCACGCAUGGCCAAGACUAUUAACAUAGCAGUGUGGGGGGUGUCACUGAUGGUUAACCUUCCCAUUGUUUUCUACAGUGGGAUCAUCACAAAGCAUGAUGGCUGCUUCUGCACGAUCGUGUGGCCUGAGCCUGAAGAGGCCUACUACACAGCGUUUAUGUUCUACACCUUCAUCCUGGGCUUCUUGCUGCCCCUCAUGGUCAUCUGCCUUUGCUACUUGUUCAUCAUCAUUAAGGUGAAAUCCUCAGGCAUCCGUGUGGGUUCAUCCAAGAGGAAACGGUCAGAGAGGAAGGUGACUCGGAUGGUGUCCAUCGUGGUGGCAGUGUUUGUCUUCUGCUGGCUUCCUUUCUACGUCUUCAACGUCACCUCGGUGACGGGAACAAUCAGCACCACUCCCAUCCUGAGGAGCACCUUUGCGUUUGUGGUGGUUCUUGGAUACGCCAACAGCUGCGCCAACCCAAUCCUCUAUGCAUUCCUGUCGGAGAACUUCAAGAAGAGUUUCCAGAAUGUUUUAUGUCUAAAGAAGGUGGGUGGGCUGGAUGAGGUAGAUCGAAGCGAUAGCCGGCAGGAUAAGUCUCGCAUGAUGAAUGACCCCACGGAGACCCAAAGUACUCUGCUGAAUGGCGACCUGCAGACCAGCAUCUGAGGAGGAAGGUCGUAGGACUCAUACAGACAGGCAUCUCUUUGAAACUAAGGGGAGUGGGCUCUUAAAUCUGUAGAAUAUCUGUAAGAUCACAUCAGAGAUGGUGAAAACAUA